AUGGCCAGCCUUGCAUCCAAGGAGACAGCUGGCGCUGCCAUGUACAACGUGGCGCUGCAGGAGAAAGAGAUGCACCUUUUGCAUGAGCAGCUCUUGAGAGAGCGUUCAGAACUCCAGCGGACCUCGCAGCUGUGCAAGGCGCAGGCAGAGGAGUUGAAACGCCGGGAACGGCUCAACAGCAGCUUGUGGGAACAGCGAGUUUGCUUGGAACGUGAUGCUAGUGAGCUGCGGGCCCGCCUGGCAAGGCGCGCGCAGGCUGAGUUGCAGAGGGAGGUGGUUUGGGCGCUCGGGUAUGUGCGGAUCAGCCUCCGCUGGCUGGGCCACCUCUUUGGCGUUGAUCGGCGGCUGACGGCGGCGGGGAGAGAGCAGGCGGAGCAGCUGGGAGAAGAAGUGCCGCUUAGAGUGAAGAAGUGGGAGAUGAUCGAGAUGGGGAUGGAGAUGGAAUGGAUUGGAUAUGGGAAAUGGAAGGAUGAAUGGGGAAAGUUCUGCGGAUGA